AUGCAAGUCUUCUCUCUGUACGACCCAGGCCAACUUGCGGCGCGUAAAGACCGUGGUCAAUUGCGCAGCGUCCAUGUCCGGGCUGCACCCGUCCGAAUCCUGACAGGGAAGCAGAGAAGAGCACUGCGCGAAAAGAGAGGCCGGCUUGCAACCGUUACCGGAAAAGAAGGCGAGGUAACUGCAGAUGGGACGGAUGUCGGGGAGAUCGGGACCGUCCGCUCAUUGCAUCGCAUGGUCCGGUUUACCUUUCGAGUGCAGACUGCCUGCGCCCAGGGUAUAAGGCAAGAAAAAGCCAUUGGCUCACGAGGCAUAUCCCGAAAAGUUGCAGCAACUGGGCAUGAUUCUAGGCUGCCUGCUCCCCUUGUUCCGCGACCCCAGCUCCUCAUGCCCGGUGUUCUAGGAUCUUGGAUCCUACAGUGGAACCCACUCAUCCUGGUCCCUCUGCAAAUUAUCGCCGAUGACAGGCGCCCUGGUCUGGCUUGCCGUGUCAGCAUCAGACACUUCCGAGUUCUCGACUUGCUGCGACCCGGGAAGGGCAGCCGUUGGGGCCGCCCCACGGCCGAAACCAGAGGCAAAUCAUUGGAGAUGACAUCCACCGGGAGGAUGAUCCAUGGCGGUUCCGUGGCGCUGAUGACCGUCGGCAUUAAGGUUUGA